CAGGCCGCCGGUCCUGUUACUGCUACCUACGGUGGUUCGGUCACUCUUACCAGCACUUUCCCCGUCGGUCCCAACGGUGAACCAGCUUCUACGGUCGUCUACGUCCCUAGCCAGGCUGCCGGUCCCGUUACCGCUACAUAUGGCGGCUCAGUCACUCUCACCAGCACAUUCCCUGUCGGACCCAACGGCGAACCUGCGUCAACAGUUGUUUACGUUCCCAGUGGCUCUGGACCUCUGGCAAAUGUUUUUACUACUACCUACGGCGGUUCGGCCACUCUCACCACCACUUUCCCGCUCGGUCCUAAUGGCGAACCUGCCUCAACUGUAGUUUACAUUCCAAUUACCGGCACAUCUAUUAUACCCUCUGAGACUGCAUCUUAUGUUACAUUGACGACUGGAUAUGACGGAUCAGUCACUGCCUACCAGACACUGGCACCACCUGCCUCUGGACUGCCCGGCACCGUACUUGUGCAAGUUCCAACUACUAACAUUGCCUCCGCUACAGAUAGUCUCAUUGUAUCAGGCGGGACGACCUAUGUAAGAUACACAACGUAUAUCGACGGUUCAUCAUUUACUACCUCAACAAUACCACCUGGCCGACCAGGCGAUCCCUAUACAAUUCUUGUAGCAGCUGCUAGAAGAGCAUUUAUAGCUACCUCUACAGUACGCGGAUUAACAGCACGGAUAACAUCAACCUUACCAAUUGGACCAGAUGGCAUACAAACAGUCAUUAUCCAGGUUCCAGAUACAAUUAUCACACCAACAAUACCAACUGCCACAGCCUCUUCGUACACGACAGUCGUUACUGGUGUCCCUGGUACUUUCACCGGCACUCUGGUAUCGACUCUGCCUGCUGGUCCUGACGGUAUUGCAACCGUUCUGUUCCAAACCGCUAUUCCCACCGCUACCGCCUCUUCGUACACGACGGUCGUCACUGGCGUCCCUGGCACGUUCACAGGCACUUUGGUUUCGACGUUGCCAGCUGGUCCAGACGGAAUCGCAACAGUGCUUUUCCAGACUGCCAACCCGGGUGCCACCGCCUCUUCGUACACGACGGUCGUCACUGGCGUCCCGGGCACAUUCACAGGCACUCUGGUUUCGACGUUGCCAGCUGGUCCAGACGGAAUCGCAACAGUGCUUUUCCAGACUGCCAACCCGAGUGCCACCGCCUCGUCGUACACGACGGUCGUCACUGGCGUCCCUGGUACUUUCACGGGCACUUUGGUUUCGACUCUGCCAGCUGGUCCAGACGGAAUCGCAACAGUUCUUUUCCAGACUGCCAACCCGAGUGCUACCGCCUCCUCAUACACUACGGUCGUCACUGGCGUCCCUGGUACUUUCACGGGCACUUUGGUAUCGACACUACCUGCUGGCCCAGAUGGUAUCGCAACAGUCCUCUUCCAGACUGCCAUUCCUACUGCCACCGCCUCGUCGUACACGACGGUCGUUACUGGUGUCCCUGGUACUUUCACCGGCACUCUCGUUUCGACUCUGCCUGCUGGUCCUGACGGUAUUGCAACCGUUCUGUUCCAAACCGCUAUUCCCACCGCUACCGCCUCUUCGUACACGACGGUCGUCACUGGCGUCCCUGGCACGUUCACAGGCACUUUGGUUUCGACUCUGCCAGCUGGUCCAGACGGAAUCGCAACAGUCCUUUUCCAAACUGCCAUUCCUACUGCCACCGCCUCGUCGUACACGACGGUCGUCACUGGCGUCCCUGGCACGUUCACAGGCACUUUGGUUUCGACGUUGCCAGCUGGUCCAGACGGAAUCGCAACAGUGCUUUUCCAGACUGCCAACCCGGGUGCCACCGCCUCUUCGUACACGACGGUCGUCACUGGCGUCCCUGGCACAUUCACAGGCACUCUGGUUUCGACUCUGCCAGCUGGUCCAGACGGAAUCGCAACAGUCCUUUUCCAGACUGCCAUUCCUACUGCCACCGCCUCGUCGUACACUACGGUCGUCACUGGCGUCCCUGGUACUUUCACGGGCACUUUGGUAUCGACACUACCUGCUGGCCCAGAUGGUAUCGCAACAGUCCUCUUCCAGACUGCCAUUCCUACUGCCACCGCCUCGUCGUACACGACGGUCGUCACUGGCGUCCCUGGUACUUUCACGGGCACUUUGGUUUCGACUCUGCCAGCUGGUCCAGACGGAAUCGCAACAGUGCUUUUCCAGACUGCUAACACGAGUGCCACCGCCUCGUCGUACACGACGGUCGUCACUGGCGUCCCUGGCACAUUCACAGGCACACUUGGUUUCGACGUUGCCAGCUGGUCCAGACGGAAUCGCAACAGUCUUUUCCAGACUGCCAUUCCUACUGCCACCGCCUCGUCGUACACUACGGUCGUCACUGGCGUCCCUGGUACUUUCACGGGCACUUUGGUAUCGACACUGCCUGCUGGCCCAGAUGGUAUCGCAACAGUCCUCUUCCAGACUGCCAUUCCUACUGCCACCGCCUCGUCGUACACGACGGUCGUCACUGGCGUCCCUGGUACUUUCACGGGCACUUUGGUUUCGACUCUGCCAGCUGGUCCAGACGGAAUCGCAACAGUGCUUUUCCAGACUGCCAACCCUACUGCCACCGCCUCUUCGUACACGACGGUCGUCACUGGCGUCCCGGGCACAUUCACAGGCACUUUGGUUUCGACGUUGCCAGCUGGUCCAGACGGAAUCGCAACAGUGCUUUUCCAGACUGCCAUUCCUACUGCCACCGCCUCGUCGUACACUACGGUCGUCACUGGCGUCCCUGGUACUUUCACGGGCACUUUGGUAUCGACACUACCUGCUGGCCCAGAUGGUAUCGCAACAGUCCUCUUCCAGACUGCCAUUCCUACUGCCACCGCCUCGUCGUACACGACGGUCGUCACUGGCGUCCCUGGUACUUUCACGGGCACUUUGGUUUCGACUCUGCCAGCUGGUCCAGACGGAAUCGCAACAGUCCUUUUCCAGACUGCUAACACGAGUGCCACCGCCUCGUCGUACACGACGGUCGUCACUGGCGUCCCUGGCACUUUCACCGGCACUUUGGUUUCGACGUUGCCAGCUGGUCCAGACGGAAUCGCAACAGUCCUUUUCCAGACUGCCAACCCGAGUGCUACCGCCUCUUCGUACACGACGGUCGUCACUGGCGUCCCUGGUACUUUCACGGGCACUUUGGUAUCGACAUUACCUGCUGGCCCAGAUGGUAUCGCAACAGUCCUUUUCCAGACUGCUAACCCGAGUGCCACCGCCUCUUCGUACACGACGGUCGUCACUGGCGUCCCUGGCACGUUCACCGGCACUUUGGUUUCGACGUUGCCAGCUGGUCCAGACGGAAUCGCAACAGUCCUUUUCCAGACUGCUAACACGAGUGCCACCGCCUCGUCGUACACGACGGUCGUCACUGGCGUCCCUGGCACGUUCACCGGCACUUUGGUUUCGACGUUGCCAGCUGGUCCAGACGGAAUCGCAACAGUCCUUUUCCAGACUGCCAUUCCUACUGCCACCGCCUCGUCGUACACGACGGUCGUCACUGGCGUCCCUGGUACUUUCACAGGCACUUUGGUUUCGACGUUGCCAGCUGGUCCAGACGGAAUCGCAACCGUUCUGCUCCAGACUGCCAUUCCUAUCGCUACCGCCUCUUCAUACACUACGGUCGUCACUGGUGUCCCUGGCACUUUCACCGGCACUUUGGUUUCGACGUUGCCAGCUGGUCCAGACGGAAUCGCAACAGUCCUUUUCCAGACUGCCAACCCGAGUGCUACCGCCUCUUCGUACACGACGGUCGUCACUGGCGUCCCUGGUACUUUCACGGGCACUUUGGUAUCGACAUUGCCUGCUGGCCCAGAUGGUAUCGCAACAGUCCUCUUCCAGACUGCCAUUCCUACUGCCACCGCCUCGUCGUACACGACGGUCGUUACUGGUGUCCCUGGUACUUUCACCGGCACUCUGGUAUCGACUCUGCCUGCUGGUCCUGACGGUAUUGCAACCGUUCUGUUCCAAACCGCUAUUCCCACCGCUACCGCCUCUUCGUACACGACGGUCGUCACUGGCGUCCCUGGCACGUUCACAGGCACUUUGGUUUCGACGUUGCCAGCUGGUCCAGACGGAAUCGCAACAGUCCUUUUCCAAACUGCCAUUCCUACUGCCACCGCCUCGUCGUACACGACGGUCGUCACUGGCGUCCCUGGCACGUUCACAGGCACUUUGGUUUCGACGUUGCCAGCUGGUCCAGACGGAAUCGCAACAGUGCUUUUCCAGACUGCCAACCCGGGUGCCACCGCCUCUUCGUACACGACGGUCGUCACUGGCGUCCCUGGCACAUUCACAGGCACUCUCGUUUCGACUCUGCCAGCUGGUCCUGAUGGUAUCGCAACAGUUCUUUUCCAGACCGCAAACCCCACUGCCACAGCCUCCUCAUACACGACGGUUGUCACUGGUGUUCCUGGCAACUUCAUUGGUACUCUUGUAUCUACCUUGGCGGCUGGUCUUGACGGCAUUGUUACUAUUCUGUUCCAAACCGCCAUUCCAACCGCUACCGCCUCUUCGUACACGACGGUCGUCACUGGCGUCCCUGGCACAUUCACAGGCACUCUCGUUUCGACUCUGCCAGCUGGUCCAGACGGAAUCGCAACAGUCCUCUUCCAGACUGCCAUUCCUACUGCCACCGCCUCGUCGUACACGACGGUCGUCACUGGCGUCCCUGGUACUUUCACAGGCACUCUCGUUUCGACUCUGCCAGCUGGUCCAGACGGAAUCGCAACAGUCCUUUUCCAGACUGCCAUUCCUACUGCCACCGCCUCGUCGUACACUACGGUCGUCACUGGCGUCCCUGGUACUUUCACCGGCACUUUGGUAUCGACACUACCUGCUGGCCCAGAUGGUAUCGCAACAGUCCUCUUCCAGACUGCCAUUCCUACUGCCACCGCCUCGUCGUACACGACGGUCGUCACUGGCGUCCCUGGUACUUUCACGGGCACUUUGGUUUCGACGUUGCCAGCUGGUCCAGACGGAAUCGCAACCGUUCUGCUCCAGACUGCCAUUCCUAUCGCUACCGCCUCUUCAUACACUACGGUCGUCACUGGUGUCCCUGGCACUGCCACCGCCUCGUCGUACACGACGGUCGUCACUGGCGUCCCUGGCACGUUCACCGGCACUUUGGUUUCGACGUUGCCAGCUGGUCCAGACGGAAUCGCAACAGUCCUUUUCCAAACUGCCAUUCCUACUGCCACCGCCUCGUCGUACACGACGGUUGUGACUGGCGUCCCUGGUACAUUUACCGGCACUCUGGUAUCCACUUUGCCAGCCGGCCCCGGCGGAAUCGCUACAGUCUUGCUUCAGACGGCUAUUCCUACCAUUACCGCCUCUUCCUAUACCACCGUUGUCACUGGUGUUCCUGGCAACUUUAUCGGUACUCUUGUUUCCACCCUUGCGGCUGGCCCUGAUGGCAUUGCCACUGUUCUGUUCCAAACCGCCGUUCCCACCGCUACCGCCUCUUCGUACACGACGGUCGUCACUGGCGUGCCUGGCACAUUCACCGGCACUCUCGUUUCGACUUUGCCUGCUGGUCCAGACGGAAUCGCAACAGUCCUUUUCCAGACUGCUAACCCGAGUGCCACCGCCUCUUCGUACACGACGGUUGUCACUGGUGUGCCUGGCAACUUUAUCGGCACGCUUGUUUCUACUUUGGCGGCUGGUCCAGAUGGCAUUGCCACUGUCCUGUUCCAAACUGCCAUUUCAAGUGCAACGGCAUCUUCAUAUACUACGGUUGUUACAGGCGUUCCUGGCACAUUUACCGGCACUCUGGUAACCACUCUCCCUGCCGGCCCCGGUGGAAUUGCCACGGUUCUACUCCAAACAGCUGUUCCAACUGCCUCAGUGUCGUCAUAUACUACGGUUGUCACUGGUGUUCCUGGCAACUUUAUCGGUACUCUUGUUUCCACCCUUGCGGCUGGCCCUGAUGGCAUUGCCACUGUUCUGUUCCAAACCGCCGUUCCCACCGCUACCGCCUCUUCGUACACGACGGUCGUCACUGGCGUCCCUGGCACAUUCACAGGCACUCUGGUUUCAACUUUGCCUGCUGGUCCAGACGGAAUCGCAACAGUACUCUUCCAAACUGCCAACCCCACCGCUACCGCCUCUUCAUACACCACGGUUGUUACUGGCGUCCCAGGUACUUUCACCGGCACUUUGGUAUCGACUCUGCCUGCUGGCCCCGGCGGAAUCGCUACAGUCUUGCUUCAGACGGCUAUUCCUACCAUUACCGCCUCUUCCUACACCACCGUUGUCACUGGUGUGCCUGGCACAUUCACCGGCACUCUCGUUUCGACUUUGCCUGCUGGUCCAGACGGAAUCGCAACAGUUCUCUUCCAAACUGGCAACCCUACCGCCACAGCCUCGUCGUACACCACGGUUGUCACCGGUGUGCCGGGCAACUUCAUUGGUACACUUGUUUCCACUCUUGCUGCCGGCCCAGAUGGCGUUGCCACUAUACUGUUCCAGACUGCCAUUUCAAGUGCAACGGCCUCUUCGUACACCACGGUUGUUACUGGCGUCCCUGGUACUUUCACCGGCACCCUAGUAUCUACUCUGCCAGCCGGUCCCGGUGGAAUUGCCACGGUCUUGCUUCAGACGGCAAUUCCUACUGCCACAGCCUCUUCCUAUACUACCGUUGUCACUGGUGUGCCUGGUAACUUCAUCGGUACUCUUGUUUCUACUCUUGCUGCCGGUCCAGAUGGCAUUGCUACUGUUCUCUUCCAAACUGCCAUUCCUACUACCACAGCCUCUUCGUACACGACGGUUGUUACAGGCGUUCCUGGCACAUUCACUGGCACUCUGGUAUCGACGUUGCCCGCCGGCCCCGGCGGAAUCGCCACAGUUCUACUUCAGACGGCUAUCCCUACUGCUACAGCCUCUUCUUACACCACGGUUGUCACUGGUGUGCCUGGCAACUUUAUCGGUACACAGGUCUCUACUUUAGCAGCUGGCCCUGACGGCAUUGCUACUGUCCUGUUCCAAACUGCCAUUCCCACCGCUACCGCUUCGUCCUAUACGACGGUUGUCACUGGUGUCCCUGGUACUUUCACAGGCACUCUGGUUUCAACUUUGCCUGCUGGUCCAGACGGAAUCGCAACAGUACUCUUCCAAACUGCCAACCCCACCGCUACCGCCUCUUCAUACACCACGGUUGUUACUGGCGUCCCAGGUACUUUCACCGGCACUUUGGUAUCGACUCUGCCUGCUGGCCCCGGCGGAAUCGCUACAGUCUUGCUUCAGACGGCUAUUCCUACCAUUACCGCCUCUUCCUACACCACCGUUGUCACUGGUGUGCCUGGCACAUUCACCGGCACUCUCGUUUCGACUUUGCCUGCUGGUCCAGACGGAAUCGCAACAGUUCUCUUCCAAACUGGCAACCCUACCGCCACAGCCUCGUCGUACACCACGGUUGUCACCGGUGUGCCGGGCAACUUCAUUGGUACACUUGUUUCCACUCUUGCUGCCGGCCCAGAUGGCGUUGCCACUAUACUGUUCCAGACUGCCAUUUCAAGUGCAACGGCCUCUUCGUACACCACGGUUGUUACUGGCGUCCCUGGUACUUUCACCGGCACCCUAGUAUCUACUCUGCCAGCCGGUCCCGGUGGAAUUGCCACGGUCUUGCUUCAGACGGCAAUUCCUACUGCCACAGCCUCUUCCUAUACUACCGUUGUCACUGGUGUGCCUGGUAACUUCAUCGGUACUCUUGUUUCUACUCUUGCUGCCGGUCCAGAUGGCAUUGCUACUGUUCUCUUCCAAACUGCCAUUCCUACUACCACAGCCUCUUCGUACACGACGGUUGUUACAGGCGUUCCUGGCACAUUCACUGGCACUCUGGUAUCGACGUUGCCCGCCGGCCCCGGCGGAAUCGCCACAGUUCUACUUCAGACGGCUAUCCCUACUGCUACAGCCUCUUCUUACACCACGGUUGUCACUGGUGUGCCUGGCAACUUUAUCGGUACACAGGUCUCUACUUUAGCAGCUGGCCCUGACGGCAUUGCUACUGUCCUGUUCCAAACUGCCAUUCCCACCGCUACCGCUUCGUCCUAUACGACGGUUGUCACUGGUGUGCCUGGCACAUUCACAGGCACUCUGGUUUCAACUUUGCCUGCUGGUCCAGACGGAAUCGCAACAGUACUCUUCCAAACUGCCAACCCCACCGCUACCGCCUCUUCAUACACCACGGUUGUUACUGGCGUCCCAGGUACUUUCACCGGCACUUUGGUAUCCACUCUGCCUGCUGGUCUCGGAGGAAUCGCUACCGUUCUCCUUCAGACGGCUAUUCCCACUAUCACCGCCUCUUCCUACACCACUGUUGUCACUGGUGUACCUGGUAACUUCGUUGGUACUCUUGUAUCUACCUUGGCAGCUGGUCUUGACGGCAUUGUUACUAUUCUGUUCCAAACUGCCAUCCCUACUGCUACCGCCUCGUCGUACACCACGGUUGUCACUGGUGUGCCUGGCAACUUUAUCGGCACGCUUGUUUCUACUUUGGCGGCUGGUCCAGAUGGCAUUGCCACUGUCCUGUUCCAAACUGCCAUUUCAAGUGCAACGGCAUCUUCAUAUACUACGGUUGUUACAGGCGUCCCUGGCACAUUUACCGGCACUCUGGUAUCGACAGUACCUGCCGGCCCUGGUGGAAUCGCUACCGUUCUACUUCAGACGGCUAUUCCCACCGCUACCGCCUCAUCGUACACCACGAUUGUCACUGGUGUUCCUGGCACAUUCACCGGCACUCUCGUUUCGACUUUGCCUGCUGGUCCAGACGGAAUCGCAACAGUCCUUUUCCAGACUGCUAACCCGAGUGCCACCGCCUCUUCGUACACGACGGUCAUUACUGGCGUCCCGGGCACAUUCACAGGCACUUUGGUUUCGACUCUGCCAGCUGGUCCAGACGGAAUCGCAACAGUCCUUUUCCAGACUGCUAACCCGAGUGCCACCGCCUCUUCGUACACGACGGUCAUUACUGGCGUCCCGGGCACAUUCACAGGCACUUUGGUUUCGACUCUGCCAGCUGGUCCAGAUGGUAUCGCAACAGUCCUCUUCCAGACUGCCAUUCCUACUGCCACCGCCUCGUCGUACACUACCGUUAUCACUGGCGUCCCUGGCACAUUCACAGGCACUCUGGUUUCGACACUUCCCGCUGGUCCCGGUGGAAUCGCCACGGUCUUGCUUCAGACGGCUAUUCCUACCACUACCGCAUCUUCCUACACCACGGUCGUCACUGGUGUGCCUGGCACAUUCACCGGCACUCUCGUUUCGACUUUGCCAGCUGGUCCAGACGGAAUCGCAACAGUCCUUUUCCAGACUGCUAACCCGAGUGCCACCGCCUCGUCGUACACGACGGUCGUCACUGGCGUCCCUGGUACUUUCACGGGCACUUUGGUUUCGACCCUGCCAGCUGGUCCAGACGGAAUUGCAACAGUCCUUUUCCAGACUGCCAUUCCUACUGCCACCGCCUCGUCGUACACGACGGUCGUCACUGGCGUCCCGGGCACAUUCACAGGCACUCUUGUUUCGACUUUGUCUGCUGGUCCAGACGGAAUCGCAACAGUUCUUUUCCAGACUGCCAUUCCUACCACUACCGCCUCGUCGUACACGACGGUUGUCACUGGUGUCCCUGGCACAUUCACCGGCACACUGGUUUCGACUUUGCCCGCUGGUCCAGACGGAAUCGCAACAGUUCUUUUCCAGACUGCCAACCCCACUGCUACCGCCUCUUCGUACACGACGGUUGUCACUGGUGUGCCUGGCACAUUCACCGGCACUCUCGUUUCGACUCUGCCAGCUGGUCCUGAUGGUAUCGCAACAGUUCUUUUCCAGACCGCAAACCCCACUGCCACAGCCUCCUCAUACACGACGGUUGUCACUGGUGUUCCUGGCAACUUCAUUGGUACUCUUGUUUCCACUCUUGCCGCCGGUCCAGAUGGCGUUGCUACUGUUCUGUUCCAAACUGCCAUUCCCACCGCUACCGCCUCCUCAUACACGACGGUUGUUACUGGUGUCCCUGGUACAUUCACCGGCACUCUCGUUUCGACUUUGCCCGCCGGCCCAGACGGAAUCGCAACAGUUCUUUUCCAAACCGCCAACCCUACUGCCACUGCCUCGUCCUACACGACGGUUGUCACUGGUGUGCCUGGCACAUUCACCGGCACUCUCGUUUCGACUCUGCCAGCUGGUCCUGAUGGUAUCGCAACAGUUCUUUUCCAGACCGCAAACCCCACUGCCACAGCCUCCUCAUACACGACGGUUGUCACUGGUGUUCCUGGCAACUUCAUUGGUACUCUUGUUUCCACUCUUGCCGCCGGUCCAGAUGGCGUUGCUACUGUUCUGUUCCAAACUGCCAUUCCCACCACUACCGCCUCCUCAUACACGACGGUCGUCACUGGCGUCCCUGGUACUUUCACGGGCACUUUGGUUUCGACCCUGCCAGCUGGUCCAGACAGAAUCGCAACAGUCCUCUUCCAGACUGCCAUUCCUACUGCCACCGCCUCGUCGUACACGACGGUCGUCACUGGCGUCCCUGGCACAUUCACCGGCACUCUGGUUUCGACUUUGCCCGCUGGUCCAGACGGAAUCGCAACAGUUCUUUUCCAGACUGCCAACCCCACUGCCACAGCGUCAUCAUACACUACGGUCGUCACUGGUGUGCCUGGUAACUUCAUCGGCACACUUGUUUCCACUCUUGCGGCUGGUCCAGAUGGCAUUGCCACUGUUCUGUUCCAAACUGCCAUUCCUACCGCUACCGCCUCUUCGUACACUACGGUUGUUACUGGCGUCCCUGGCACAUUUACCGGCACUCUGGUAUCGACACUACCUGCCGGCCCUGGUGGAAUCGCUACCGUUCUACUUCAGACGGCUAUUCCCACUGCUACCGCCUCUUCGUACACGACGGUUGUCACUGGUGUGCCUGGCACAUUCACCGGCACUCUCGUUUCGACUCUGCCAGCUGGUCCUGAUGGUAUCGCAACAGUUCUUUUCCAGACCGCAAACCCCACUGCCACAGCCUCCUCAUACACGACGGUUGUCACUGGUGUUCCUGGCAACUUCAUUGGUACUCUUGUUUCCACUCUUGCCGCCGGUCCAGAUGGCGUUGCUACUGUUCUGUUCCAAACUGCCAUUCCCACCACUACCGCCUCCUCAUACACGACGGUUGUUACUGGUGUCCCUGGUACAUUCACCGGCACUCUCGUUUCGACUUUGCCCGCCGGCCCAGACGGAAUCGCAACAGUUCUUUUCCAAACCGCCAACCCUACUGCCACUGCCUCGUCCUACACGACGGUUGUCACUGGUGUGCCUGGCACAUUCACCGGCACUCUCGUUUCGACUCUGCCAGCUGGUCCUGAUGGUAUCGCAACAGUUCUUUUCCAGACCGCAAACCCCACUGCCACAGCCUCCUCAUACACGACGGUUGUCACUGGUGUUCCUGGCAACUUCAUUGGUACUCUUGUUUCCACUCUUGCCGCCGGUCCAGAUGGCGUUGCUACUGUUCUGUUCCAAACUGCCAUUCCCACCGCUACCGCCUCCUCAUACACGACGGUCGUCACUGGCGUCCCUGGCACGUUCACCGGCACUUUGGUUUCGACUCUGCCAGCUGGCCCAGACGGAAUCGCAACAGUCCUUUUCCAAACUGCCAUUCCUACUGCUACCGCCUCUUCCUACACGACGGUUGUCACUGGCGUCCCUGGUACCUUCACUGGCACCUUGGUAUCGACCUUGCCAGCCGGCCCAGACGGAAUCGCAACAGUCUUGCUUCAGACUGCUAUUCCUACUGCCACAGCCUCUUCCUAUACUACCGUUGUCACUGGUGUGCCUGGCAACUUCAUCGGUACACUUGUCUCCACACUUGCGGCUGGCCCAGAUGGCAUUGCGACUGUUUUCCUCUUCGUACACGACGGUUGUCACUGGCGUCCCUGGCACUUUACCGGCACUUUGGUGUCGACUUUGCCAGCUGGUCCUGGUGGUAUCGCAACAGUUCUUUUCCAAACCGCCAACCCUACUGCCACUGCCUCGUCCUACACGACGGUUGUCACUGGUGUGCCCGGCACAUUCACAGGCACUCUGGUAUCAACCCUGCCUGCCGGCCCAGACGGAAUUGCUACUGUUCUGUUCCAAACUGCAAUUCCUACCGCUACCGCCUCAUCAUACACCACUCUUAUCACUGGUGUCCCUGGCACAUUCACUGGCACCUUGGUAUCGACACUACCUGCCGGCCCUGGUGGAAUUGCUACCGUUCUACUUCAGACGGCUAUUCCCACUCUUACCGCCUCUUCCUACACCACUGUUGUCACUGGUGUACCUGGCAACUUCGUUGGUACUCUUGUAUCUACCUUGGCGGCUGGUCUUGACGGCAUUGUUACUAUUCUGUUCCAAACCGCCAUUCCAACCGCUACCGCCUCUUCGUACACGACAGUCCUCACUGGUAUCCCUGGCACAUUUACCGGCACUCUGGUAUCCACUCUGCCUGCUGGCCCCGGAGGAAUCGCUACAGUCUUGCUUCAGACUGCUAUUCCUACUGCCACAGCCUCGUCGUACACCACCGUUGUCACUGGUGUGCCUGGUACUUUCACAGGCACUCUGGUUUCCACGUUGCCAGCCGGUCCUGAUGGUGUCGCAACAGUUCUUUUCCAGACCGCAAACCCCACUGCUACCGCCUCUUCCUACACCACAGUUGUUACUGGCGUACCUGGCAACUUUAUCGGUACUCUUGUAUCUACCUUGGCGGCUGGUCUUGACGGCAUUGUUACUAUUCUGUUCCAAACCGCCAUUCCAACCGCUACCGCCUCGUCCUAUACGACGGUUGUCACUGGUAUUCCUGGUACUUUCACAGGCACCUCGGUAUCGACACUACCUGUCGGCCCUGGAGGAAUCGCCACGGUCUUGCUUCAGACUGCCAUUCCUACUGUUACCGCCUCCUCAUAUACCACGGUUGUCACCGGUGUGCCGGGCAACUUCAUUGGUACACUUGUUUCCACUCUUGCCGCCGGCCCUGAUGGCAUUGCCACUGUUCUGUUCCAGACAGCCAUUCCUACCACUACCGCCUCGUCUUACACGACGGUUGUCACUGGUGUGCCUGGCACAUUCACCGGCACUCUGGUAUCAACUCUACCUGCCGGUCCUGAUGGUGUCGCAACAGUUCUUUUCCAGACCGCAAACCCCACUGCUACCGCCUCUUCCUACACGACGGUUGUCACUGGCGUCCCUGGUACCUUCACUGGCACCUUGGUAUCGACCUUGCCAGCCGGCCCAGACGGAAUCGCAACAGUCUUGCUUCAGACUGCUAUUCCUACUGCCACAGCCUCUUCCUAUACUACCGUUGUCACUGGUGUGCCUGGCAACUUCAUCGGUACACUUGUCUCCACACUUGCGGCUGGCCCAGAUGGCAUUGCGACUGUUUUGUUCCAAACUGCCAUUCCCACCGCCACUGCCUCGUCUUACACGACGGUUGUCACUGGUAUUCCUGGUACUUUCACCGGCACAUUGGUGUCGACGUUGCCUGCCGGUCCUGAUGGUGUCGCAACAGUUCUUUUCCAAACUGCGAACCCCACUGCUACCGCCUCUUCCUACACGACGGUUGUCACUGGCGUCCCUGGUACCUUCACUGGCACCUUGGUAUCGACACUACCUGCCGGCCCCGGAGGAAUCGCAACAGUCUUGCUUCAGACUGCUAUUCCUACUGCCACAGCCUCUUCCUAUACUACCGUUGUCACUGGUGUGCCUGGCAACUUCAUCGGUACACUUGUCUCCACACUUGCGGCUGGCCCAGAUGGCAUUGCGACUGUUUUGUUCCAAACUGCCAUUCCCACCGCCACUGCCUCGUCUUACACGACGGUUGUCACUGGUAUUCCUGGUACUUUCACCGGCACAUUGGUGUCGACGUUGCCUGCCGGUCCUGAUGGUGUCGCAACAGUUCUUUUCCAAACUGCGAACCCCACUGCUACCGCCUCUUCCUACACGACGGUUGUCACUGGCGUCCCUGGUACCUUCACUGGCACCUUGGUAUCGACACUACCUGCCGGCCCCGGAGGAAUCGCAACAGUCUUGCUUCAGACUGCUAUUCCUACUGCCACAGCCUCUUCCUAUACUACCGUUGUCACUGGUGUGCCUGGCAACUUCAUCGGUACACUUGUCUCCACACUUGCGGCUGGCCCAGAUGGCAUUGCGACUGUUUUGUUCCAAACUGCCAUUCCCACCGCCACUGCCUCGUCUUACACGACGGUUGUCACUGGUAUUCCUGGUACUUUCACCGGCACAUUGGUGUCGACGUUGCCUGCCGGUCCUGAUGGUGUCGCAACAGUACUCUUCCAGACCGCAAACCCCACUGCUACCGCCUCUUCCUACACCACAGUUGUUACUGGCGUACCUGGCAACUUUAUCGGUACUCUUGUAUCUACCUUGGCGGCUGGCCCCGAUGGCAUUGCUACUGUUCUGUUCCAAACUGCAAUUCCUACCGCUACCGCCUCAUCAUACACCACUCUUGUCACUGGUGUGCCCGGCACAUUCACAGGCACUCUGGUAUCGACACUACCUGCCGGCCCCGGAGGAAUCGCCACGGUCUUGCUUCAGACUGCCAUUCCUACUGUUACCGCCUCCUCAUAUACCACGGUUGUUACUGGUGUUCCUGGCAACUUCAUUGGUACUCUCGUUUCCACUCUUGCUGCCGGUCCAGAUGGCGUUGCUACUGUUCUGUUCCAGACUGCCAUUCCUACCACUACCGCCUCGUCUUACACGACGGUUGUCACUGGUGUGCCUGGCAACUUUAUCGGUACACUUGUCUCCACACUUGCGGCUGGUCCCGAUGGUAUCGCUACUGUUCUCUUCCAAACUGCCAUUCCUACUACCACAGCCUCUUCGUACACGACGGUUGUUACAGGCGUUCCUGGCACAUUCACAGGCACUCUGGUGUCGACGUUGCCCGCCGGCCCAGACGGAGUCGCAACAGUUCUUUUCCAGACCGCAAACCCCACUGCUACCGCCUCGUCCUACACGACGGUUGUCACUGGUGUGCCUGGCAACUUUAUCGGUACACUUGUCUCCACACUUGCGGCUGGUCCCGAUGGUAUCGCUACUGUUCUGUUCCAGACUGCCAUUUCAAGUGCAACGGCCUCUUCGUACACCACGGUUGUUACUGGCGUCCCUGGUACUUUCACCGGCACCAUAGUAUCCACUCUGCCAGCCGGUCCCGGUGGAAUUGCCACGGUCUUGCUUCAGACUGCUAUUCCUACUGCCACAGCCUCUUCCUAUACUACCGUUGUCACUGGUGUGCCUGGCACAUUCAUCGGCACUCUUGUUUCCACUCUUGCUGCCGGUCCAGAUGGCGUUGCUACUGUUCUGUUCCAGACUGCCAUUCCUACCACUACCGCCUCGUCUUACACGACGGUUGUCACUGGUGUGCCUGGCACAUUUACCGGCACUUUGGUGUCGACUUUGCCAGCUGGUCCUGACGGUAUCGCCACAGUCCUUUUUCAAACCGCCAACCCUACUGCCACUGCCUCGUCGUACACGACGGUUGUCACUGGUGUCCCUGGCACAUUCAUUGGCACUUUGGUAUCGACAUUGCCCGCCGGCCCUGGUGGAAUCGCCACUAUUCUACUUCAGACGGCUAUUCCUACUGCCACAGCCUCUUCCUACACCACUGUUGUCACUGGUGUACCUGGCAACUUCGUUGGUACUCUUGUAUCUACCUUGGCGGCUGGUCUUGACGGCAUUGUUACUAUUCUGUUCCAAACCGCCAUUCCAACCUCUUCUGCCUCGUCGUACACGACGGUCGUCACCGGCGUUCCUGGCACUUUUUCGGGUACUUUGGUAUCAACCCUUCCUGCAGGGCCUGGUGGAAUCGCUACAGUUGUUCUACAGACUGCCAUUCCGUUCCCAACGUCAUACACCACAAUUGUUACUGGCGUUCCUGGCACUUUCGCAGGCACUCGUGCCACCACAUUGCCAGUUUCUGGAACAUUAGGAACCGUUCUCCUGGAGACAGCUCUACCGAUUCCCACCGCCUACACUACCAUUACUACCGGCGUCUUUGGCACUUUCUCCGGCACUCAGGUUUCAACUAUUCCCGGAAGUGACACUAUUGCCACAGUUGUUCUGCAGACUGCCAUUCCGUUCCCGACUUCCUACACCACAAUUGUUACUGGCGUUCCUGGCACUUUCGCAGGCACUCGUGCCACCACAUUGCCAGUUUCUGGAACAUUAGGAACCGUUCUCCUGGAGACAGCUCUACCGAUUCCCACCGCCUACACUACCAUUACUACCGGCGUCUUUGGCACUUUCUCCGGCACUCAGGUUUCAACUAUUCCCGGAAGUGACACUAUUGCCACAGUUGUUCUGCAGACUGCCAUUCCGUUCCCGACUUCCUACACCACAAUUGUUACUGGCGUUCCUGGCACUUUCGCAGGCACUCGUGCCACCACAUUGCCAGUUUCUGGAACAUUAGGAACCGUUCUCCUGGAGACAGCUCUACCGAUUCCCACCGCCUACACUACCAUUACUACCGGCGUCUUUGGCACUUUCUCCGGCACUCAGGUUUCAACUAUUCCCGGAAGUGACACUAUUGCCACAGUUGUUCUGCAGACUGCCAUUCCGUUCCCGACUUCAUACACCACAAUUGUUACUGGCGUUCCUGGCACUUUCGCAGGCACUCGUGCCACCACAUUGCCAGUUUCUGGAACAUUAGGAACCGUUCUCCUGGAGACAGCCCUGCCAAUCCCAACUGCAUACACAACCAUUACUACCGGUGUGUUUGGCACUUUCUCAGGAACUCAGGUUUCUACUAUCCCCGGAAGUGAUACGAUCGCCACAGUUGUUCUGCAGACUGCUAUUCCGUUCCCGACGUCAUACACUACAAUUGUUACUGGUGUUCCCGGCACUUUCGUGGGCACUCGUGCCACAACUUUACCCGUCAGCGGCACUCUGGGAACCGUUCUUCUAGAGACAGCUCUACCGAUUCCUACCGCCUACACUACCAUCACUACUGGUGUGUUUGGCACUUUCUCAGGAACUCAGGUUUCUACUAUCCCCGGAAGCGAUACGAUCGCCACGGUUGUUCUGCAGACUGCCAUUCCGUUCCCGACUUCAUACACCACAAUUGUUACUGGCGUUCCUGGCACUUUCGCAGGCACUCGUGCCACCACAUUGCCAGUUUCUGGAACAUUAGGAACCGUUCUCCUGGAGACAGCUCUACCGAUUCCCACCGCCUACACUACCAUUACUACCGGCGUCUUUGGCACUUUCUCCGGCACACAGGUUUCAACUAUUCCCGGAAGUGACACUAUUGCCACAGUUGUUCUGCAGACUGCCAUUCCGUUCCCGACUUCCUACACCACAAUUGUUACUGGCGUUCCUGGCACUUUCGCAGGCACUCUUGCAACUACCUUGCCAGUCAGCGGCACCUUGGGUACGGUUCUACUGCAGACAGCUCUACCGAUUCCCACCGCCUACACUACCAUUACUACCGGCGUUUUUGGCACUUUCUCUGGUACUCAGGUCUCAACCAUCCCCGGAAGUGAUACGAUCGCCACAGUUGUUCUGCAGACCGCUAUUCCGUUCCCGACUUCCUACACCACAAUUGUCACUGGCGUUCCUGGCACUUUCGCAGGCACUCGUGCCACAACUCUACCCGUAAGUGGUACUCUGGGAACUGUUCUUCUGGAGACAGCGCUACCAAUUCCCACCGCCUAUACAACCAUUACUACCGGCGUUUUCGGUACAUUCUCUGGCACUCAGGUUUCUACUAUCCCCGGAAGCGAUACGAUCGCCACGGUUGUUCUACAGACUGCCAUUCCGUUCCCGACGUCCUACAUCACAAUCGUCACUGGCACGCCGGGCACUUUCGCAGGCACUCGUGCAACUACCUUGCCAGUCAGCGGCACCUUGGGUACGGUUCUUCUGCAGACAGCCCUGCCAAUCCCAACUGCAUACACAACCAUUACUACCGGUGUGUUUGGCACUUUCUCAGGAACUCAGGUUUCUACUAUUCCUGGAAGUGAUACGAUCGCCACAGUUGUUCUGCAGACCGCUAUUCCGUUCCCGACUUCCUACACCACAAUUGUUACUGGCGUUCCUGGCACUUUCGCAGGCACUCGUGCCACAACUCUACCCGUCAGUGGUACUCUGGGAACUGUUCUUCUGGAGACAGCCCUGCCAAUCCCAACUGCAUACACAACCAUUACUACCGGUGUGUUUGGCACUUUCUCAGGAACUCAGGUUUCUACUAUCCCCGGAAGCGAUACGAUCGCCACGGUUGUUCUGCAGACUGCCAUUCCGUUCCCGACUUCCUACACCACAAUUGUUACUGGCGUUCCUGGCACUUUCGCAGGCACUCGUGCCACCACAUUGCCAGUUUCUGGAACAUUAGGAACCGUUCUCCUGGAGACAGCUCUACCAAUUCCCACCGCAUAUACAACUAUCACUACCGGUGUGUUUGGCACUUUCUCAGGAACUCAAGUUUCUACUAUUCCCGGAAGUGACACUAUUGCCACAGUUGUUCUGCAGACUGCCAUUCCGUUCCCGACUUCCUACACCACAAUUGUUACUGGCGUUCCUGGCACUUUCGCAGGCACUCGUGCCACCACAUUGCCAGUUUCUGGAACAUUAGGAACCGUUCUUCUGGAGACAGCUCUACCGAUUCCCACCGCCUACACUACCAUCACUACCGGCGUCUUUGGCACUUUCUCCGGCACCCAGGUUUCAACCAUCCCCGGAAGUGACACUAUUGCCACCGUUGUUCUGCAGACCGCUAUUCCGUUCCCGACGUCGUACACCACAAUAGUCACUGGCGUUCCCGGUACUUUCGCCGGCACUCGUGCUACAACUUUACCCGUCAGUGGUACUCUGGGAACUGUUCUUCUGGAGACAGCCCUGCCAAUCCCAACUGCAUACACAACCAUUACUACCGGUGUGUUUGGCACAUUCUCCGGUACGCAGGUCUCUACUAUCCCUGGAAGUGAUACGAUCGCCACGGUUGUUCUGCAGACUGCCAUUCCGUUCCCGACUUCCUACACCACAAUUGUCACUGGCACGCCGGGCACAUUCGCAGGCACUCGUGCCACCACAUUGCCAGUCAGCGGCACCUUGGGUACGGUCCUCCUGCAGACAGCUCUGCCAAUUCCCACCGCCUACACUACCAUCACCACCGGUGUGUUUGGCACAUUCUCCGGUACCCAGGUCUCUACUAUUCCUGGAAGUGAUACGAUCGCCACGGUUGUUCUACAGACUGCUAUUCCGUUCCCAACGUCAUACACCACAAUAGUCACUGGCGUUCCCGGCACUUUCGCCGGCACUCGUGCCACCACAUUGCCAGUUUCUGGAACAUUAGGAACCGUUCUUCUGGAGACAGCUCUGCCAAUUCCCACCGCCUACACUACCAUCACUACCGGUGUGUUUGGCACAUUCUCCGGUACCCAGGUCUCUACUAUUCCUGGAAGUGAUACGAUCGCUACAGUUGUUCUGCAGACUGCCAUUCCGUUCCCGACGUCGUACACCACAAUAGUCACUGGUGUUCCCGGCACUUUCGCAGGCACUCGUGCCACAACUCUACCCGUCAGCGGCACUCUGGGAACCGUUCUUCUGGAGACAGCCCUGCCAAUUCCAACCGCAUACACAACUAUUACUACUGGCGUCUUUGGCACAUUCUCCGGCACCCAGGUUUCAACCAUCCCCGGAAGUGACACUAUUGCCACCGUUGUUCUACAGACUGCCAUUCCGUUCCCGACUUCCUAUACCACAAUUGUCACCGGCACGCCGGGCACAUUCGCAGGCACUCGUGCCACCACAUUGCCAGUCAGCGGCACCUUGGGUACGGUCCUCCUGCAGACAGCUUUGCCAAUUCCCACCGCCUACACUACCAUCACCACCGGUAUCUUUGGCACAUUCUCCGGCACCCAGAUUUCAACCAUCCCCGGAAGUGACACUAUUGCCACCGUUGUUCUACAGACCGCUAUUCCGUUCCCGACUUCCUACACCACAAUUGUCACCGGCACGCCGGGCACAUUCGCAGGCACUCGUGCAACUACCUUGCCAGUCAGCGGCACCUUGGGUACGGUUCUCUUGCAGACAGCGCUACCAAUUCCCACCGCAUACAUAACCAUCACUACCGGUGUCUUUGGCACAUUCUCCGGUACCCAGGUCUCUACUAUCCCUGGAAGUGAUACGAUCGCCACGGUUGUUCUGCAGACUGCCAUUCCGUUCCCAACGUCGUACACCACAAUUGUCACCGGCACACCGGGCACCUUCGCAGGUACUCUUGCCACAACCUUGCCAGUCAGCGGCACCUUGGGUACGGUUCUCCUGCAGACAGCGCUACCAAUUCCUACUGCCUACACAACCAUCCCAACAGGUGUCUCAGGAAACUUUCCUGGUACAUCAUAUGUUACUCUUUCGGGCUCUGGUACUCUCAUUACCGUUUUGGCAGAGACCGCAAUUCCCACCACAACAUAUACGACCGUUACUUCCGGGGUCACCGGCGCUGUUUUCACAGGAACCUCAUAUGUUACCCUUACGGGCUCUGGUCUCACACAAACGGUUAUUGCCGCAACAGCGGUACCCCUCAUUUACACGACCAUCCCUACAGGAGUUGGUGGAACCUUCAUAGGAACCCAAUAUGUCACUUUGUCUGGCUCUGGUCUCACACGAACCGUUCUUGCAGAGACUCGAAUUCCCACGGCAACACGUAUUGUUACUACCACUUCGCAACCGGCGGGCUGUAUCGCUACGCCGGCCGCUACUCAUACCGGUUUCUGCUUGCCUAAUGUCGCCUCUUCAAUCGCAGUUCCUUCGGCAUGCAGCGUAAUGGACAACCAGGUCAUCAGUUUACCUUCCAUUACACAGUUGAACAGUUGUUCAGCUGCUCUAGGCAACACCCUGAACAUUGCCGGUGUUGCGAACUGUGUUGUUGGAUUAGCGCUUCUAUACUCCUAUUCUAACUGUAUCCGAAAUGCACUCGUCGGCAAGUGUAUUACUAACCUUCCGACUAUUUGUGGUAACAUCCUCACAUCUACUUCAACCUCCAACCUUUACGCUAAUGCGAAUACUUGCGUCAAUACCCUUGGAGCUUUCAGGAACACCUAUAACACAGGGUUAACCUCUUGUCUCUCUUUGACUACAAACUUGGGCGUUCUCAAUUGCAUUGAAACUACUCUCGGCCUUCCCGCAAACUCUUCGCGCGCAAACACUGCAGUGUUAUGUCCUUCCGGAACAGCUUGCCCCCAAACACCUACUGCGUGCGGAAGUCUCCUCGAUCUUUCAGUCAGUCUUACAAGUGGUGUUGACGCACAAGUCAACCUGUGUAGGGCGGCCCUUGUUGUAAACAACAUCGUAGGCGUCGUCGACAGCACUCUUUCUUCUGUUCUUUCUGGUGUCGGUUGUCUUGCCAGCGACCUUGUUGGGCUUCUUGUCGGUACCCUUACGGGUGAUAGAACGGCAUAUGGCAACUGCUUCCAGCAAACCCUUCAGAGCCAGUGCAUUACUAGCCUACCUCCAAGCUGUCUGAACAUCGGACUUGGCGCACAACCUACCGGCUUCCUUGGCAUAGAAGCUGUAGUGUCCGUUACGGAGCUUCUAAACUGCGUUACGAGUCUCAAGCUUUUGGCAAACAGAGUUGAUCCAAACUGUUUCAACGUGGCUUUGGGCAGGCAAGGAAUUGUCAGCUGCCUCAACUUGAGCUUGUUCGGAAUUGCCACAGUUAAUGUUGUCACAUGA